GAAAAAAUAUGUCACUUUACUGUCACAAUGACAAUGUCAUCUGUACAUGAAUGAUAACAACACGUGUGUUUAAAGUUUAAAGAUAAUUUUAUUAUACCACGAUUUAAUGUGAGAAAACAUACAAAAUGAAUCAAAAGAAAGUUCUACAAAAACCUUCUCUAUCCUAUACCAGUCACCCUGACUAUCGAAGACCUCCAAAAAUAGCAAAUCCGUAUCUACAAUGUCUUGGAACUCCACACAUAGAUUCGUUCAAUUACAUGGUACAAGAAGGCUUAAAAAUUGCGCUUGCGGAUUUAAUUCCUGCAGAAUUUGAGUUACCAAAUGGUGAAAAGAUUAAAAUAACUAUAGACGAAGCUGCAUUCGCUAAACCAAGCGUGCCUAUGGACGUAGUUGGAGUUAAAACACAAAGAGUCCUACCUACAGAAUGUAGACAAAGGGCCGCUACAUACAAGGGUGAUUUUAAAAUAAGAUUAACAUUUAAUGUUGAUAAUAAAUCUAUAACCAUUGAUAGAUCUCUGGGAAGUCUUCCUGUUAUGUUAAAGUCAAAAAUCUGCUAUUUAUCUGAUAUGUCUCCUGAAGAACUGGUGCAGCACAAUGAGCAUGCUGAUGAGUGGGGAGGAUAUUUUGUUAUAAAGGGUCAUGAGAGGUUAGCACGUAUGUUGUUAGUAACAAGACGUAACUAUCCAGUUGCAAUCAAGCGUUCUGGUUGGAGGAUGAGAGGAAAUCUGUUUUCCGACUAUGGUGUCUUAGUGAGAUGUGUUACUGCGGAUCAAACGAGUACUAACAAUGUAUUACAUUUCCUACAGAAUGGUACAUGCAAGUUGAUGUUUUCUCAUAGAAAGAUGAUGUACUAUGCUCCGGUGUUGCUUAUUAUGAAAUGUCUCGUUGACUUUCCUGAUCAUUACAUAUAUAGAUUGCUAUUACAUGGGAAGAAAGAUGAUUUGUAUUAUGUCAAUUGCAUGCAAAAUAUAUUAAGAGAAUUACAUGAAGAAGGUCUCCAUAACUCUGAAGAAUGUAGAGCUUACCUCGGGAAGAUGUUCAGACCAAAACUCUCAGAGUUACCUCCGUGGGCCUCGGAUAUGGAGGCUGCAGAUUUCUUGUUAAAGAGAUGUGUGUUGAUACAUCUCAAUGAUUAUAAAAGUAAAUUCUAUGCAUUGGUUUACAUGAUACAAAAGUUAUAUGACGUUGUACAGAAUAAAUGUAAGGUGGAAGGUGCAGACUCAGUAAUGGUACAGGAACUACAAGUUGGAGGUCAUUUAUAUCUACAAGUGCUAAAAGAAAGACUGCAAAUGUUACUUUACGUUAUAAAAGCUAAUAUAUUGAAACGUGUUAAAUCACCUAAGAAAUUUGUCUGGACUACGAAUGAAAUCCAGAAUAUAGUGAAAAUGGCGGGCACAUUAGAGCAACGUAUGGAAACUUUCCUCGCGACUGGAAACGCGCCCUCGAACAAUGUCACCCUCGCACAACACCGCGAGAACGACAUCCCCCUGGGCUACGGCCUCCUCCGCUAUCCUCUUCACCCUCUCGACCGCGUGUAUCGCAGACUUGCCCGGCCUAAAGCCAAACUGCUUCUCAUUGAGGUCCGGUCCGACUGCCGGUCAAACAAUAAUUUGUUUAUACAGGUAACACAACAUCCUGAUCCAAAAUUAUUAGAAUCUCUGCCGUUUGUGUUGGAGAAAUGUGGUAUGCAACCAAUCAGUUCAGUAUCACAAACACCGUUAUCACAAGAUGUCUACAAGUAUCCUGUGUUCAUCGAUGGUCGACUAGUGGGCUACUUCCCAGAAGAUACUGUGGACAGAUCCACCGCGUAUUUACGUACUUUGAAAAUAAAGGGAGAAGAAAUGCCUAUUACUACAGAAAUUGUUGUCAUACCAAAGAAAGAGAUCUGUUCGCAAUACGCAGGCGUGUUUCUGUUCACAACAGAAGCUCGUAUGAUGCGACCAGUCAUCAAUCUGAGCAGUGGUCAGCUCGAGCUGAUCGGCACCAUGGAGCAGGUCUACCUGGACAUCGCAGUCACACAGCAGGAGAUAUACAAAGGCAGGACAACACAUUUAGAACUGUCUAAAUCAGCUUUCAUGAGCAACUUGGCGCAAUUAGUUCCUAUGCCUGACUGCAACCAGUCGCCGCGUAACAUGUACCAGUGUCAAAUGGGUAAGCAAACGAUGGGCACGCCUAUCCAUACAUGGGGUACCAAUGCGGAGACCAAGUUAUACCGGCUGCAAACCCCCGCUACACCACUCUUCCGACCUACGCACUAUGAUAAUAUAGGACUGGAUGACUACCCUUGUGGUACUAACGCUAUAGUGGCGGUUAUUUCUUAUACGGGUUAUGAUAUGGAAGACGCGAUGAUAAUCAACAAAUCAGCGUACGAACGUGGUUUUGCAGCGGGUUUUGUAUACAAAUCUGACUUUAUCGAGUUGAAGCACUCGUCUUCGUACUUCUGGCGUGACCCCGCGCGCCCCGAGCUGGUGACUCACAUAGAUGAGGAUGGUCUGCCUGCUGUGGGGGCACGGGUACAACCUGAAGAUCCACUUUACUGUUUCUACGACGGUGAGAAGAGUCAGUUCGUGGUGAGCAAGUACCACGGCAAGGAGGAGGUGGUGGUGGACAGCGUGCGCCUCUGCGGGGACUUCUCUGCGCGCGCGCCCCGCAAGGCCUGCAUCAUGCUCAGGAUACAGCGUAACCCAACAGUCGGUGAUAAGUUUGCGUCUCGCGCGGGUCAGAAGGGUAUUUGCUCUCAGCUGUGGCCCGCUGAAGAUUUGCCCUUCUCAGAGUCGGGUCUCAUCCCCGACAUCCUGUUCAACCCUCACGGCUUCCCCUCGCGGAUGACCAUCGCCAUGAUGAUCGAAUGUAUGGCGGGGAAAGCCGCCAGUCUGCAUGGACAUGUACACGAUGCGACACCAUUCCGUUUCAAUGAAGAAGACACAGCAAUAGAACACUUUGGUCGUCUGCUGUCUGCAGCUGGGUACCAGCAUCACGGCACUGAACGUCUCUACAGCGGAGUUGAUGGCCGCGAGAUGCAAGCUGAUAUAUUCUUUGGUGUUAUUCAUUAUCAACGCUUAAGGCAUAUGGUGUCUGAUAAGUGGCAGGUCCGUACAACCGGCGCAGUGGAUACACUAACACGUCAACCAGUGAAAGGAAGAAGACGAGGUGGUGGUGUGAGACUGGGGGAGAUGGAGAGAGACGCGCUCAUCUCACACGGCGCGGCAUUCCUGCUGCAGGACAGGCUCUUCGACUGCUCAGACAAGAGCGAGGCUGUAAUGUGCACUAAAUGUGGCACACUUCUGGGCCCCGUACUCAGCAAGGGUGACACGAACAGUGACACGUGUCGUCUGUGUGGUCAGGGCAAGUUUGUGUCGGUCUACAUCCCGUAUAUCUUCAAGUUCUUUGUCACUCAGCUCGCUGCGGUCAAUAUUAAUGUAAGAAUCAAUUGUAACGGCAGUUUUGCUAUUAAAAGUUGUUAAAUAAAAUGAUU